AUCAAUUAUAAAAGGUAGAACAAACAUGAAUUAAUUCUAAGAAAACUCAUAGGAAUCUGAAUUCUCUUUUUAAGGGGAUUAAAUUUCUUAGUCAGAUAAUGAAUUUCAGGAUUAAAAUAAUAGUGAUAAAUAUUCACAAUAAUGGUAAAAAAUUAAUUUUUAGUAUUAGUUCAUUUGAUGGAGGAUUGAAAGAUUCCUUAGAAAUUAUAAAAGAUAUGAUUAAAAAAGAAAGAUUGGAAAAAAAUAAUAAAAAGGAUAAGGAGCAGUAAUUAUAUUAACAUUAAAAAUAAUAAAAUGGCUAAUAGUAAGCAUCCUUUCAAAUAAAAAAAUAAAAAGUCUAGGUAUGAUAUAAUUUAAAUAAAUAGUAACCCAAUAAUUCUGAGAAAUAAGAGAUCAAAAAGCAAAAUUAAUCAGAAAAUUUUUAAAUGUUAGAAAAUAAUAUAAAUGAAGAUUUUGAUUCAGAUUGGGAUGUUUAAGAUUUAUUUUAAUCUCUUAAUAUUUUAUUAGAAGACUCUAAAAAAUGUUAAUUUUGUAGUAAAGAAAUGAAUAAGAACAAUUUGAAAUCUCAUGAAGAUCAAUGUGCUUAUAAAGUUGACCAAUAUGAUGAAAUUUAAUGUCCAUAUUGUGGAGAUAAUGUAAUUAGAGCCUUUGUUAAUGAUCACUUUUAAGAGUGUAUUUUAUACUAUGAGGAUUAAUUUUUAAAAUUAGAAGGAGUUUAAGAAUGCAGUAUAUGCAUGAAUGAAAUAAAAGAAAAGAAAAAAGUUCUAAAUUGUCAUCAUUUCUUUCAUUACGAUUGCAUUAAAGAUUGGCUUUCAAAAAAAAUGGAAUGUCCAGUAUGUAGAAAGCAAGUUUUAGAAGGAUUUAAUUGAAAAAAGUGUUAUUAAAUU